AUGACGACGGGAGAAUCUAGCAGUGUACAUGUUCAAAUGGAAAAACCUGAGAAGACAGUCGACGCUAUAGAUUUUCCAAGUGACACUGAUGAUGUGCUUGUGUUGCAAAGAAGCGAUUCAAUCAUCGAUGGGAAUUCUGAUAGCAAUGGUCAUUCGAAAACACGAGUGCCCGAUAACAGCCCGAGUGGCGAGAAAGCUCCCCGUCGUGGACUGGUGGACGUCGUGUCGACGAGACUUGCAGAUCGCAGAUUGAAACUCGCAGUAGGUGCGGUAUUCCUGGUCGGUUGGAUCGUUUAUCUUGGAUUCGCAGCUGCAAUGAAUUUCAGUGAAUGUUUGCCUCUUCUCGUAAUAACAGGUCUUAUCCUGGGCUAUCAAGUUUUUUUCCGUAUUUUGUGGCCACGUGUUUCUGAUGAGGCUAAAGCCUCUAUGAAGAAAACCAUGAGCACAGAUAGGUUAAAUGACCGUCAGAAGAUGAUGGCACGUUUUGCGCUUUUGGGUAUCGCCGCCGGUCUCAUCAUACUCUUUAUUGUGCUCGAACAAGUGUGGAAUGAGCCUCUGAGAUUCUUGUCACUGGGCGGUUUGUUUGUAUAUCUAGGUCUCUGCUGGGCUAUAUCUAAGUAUCCCACUCGCGUGAACUGGCACCUCGUAAUGGUAGGCAUGCUUCUACAAUUCGGUCUAGGGUAUAUUGUCUUACAAACUGCAUGGGGCACCGCUGCUUUCACAUGGCUGAGUGAUCUCAUAGUAACGUUUCUCGGUUACUCUGGGGCUGGUUCUGCAUUCCUAUUCGGUGAUGGUUAUUUUGAGCAUUUCUUUGCCUUCUCGGUGCUCCCCACGGUCUGCUACUUUUCGGCGUUUGUUUCCGUGAUGUACCAUUUUGGUAUUAUCCAGUGGAUGAUUAGUGUUAUUGGUAAAGUAAUGAUGUUUACCAUGGGUUCCACCCCUGCAGAGUCACUGAAUGCAGCUGGUAAUAUAUUUAUUGGCCAAACAGAAGCACCUCUGCUAAUCCGCCCUUUCGUACCAGAUCUGACUGAAUCCGAGAUACACUCCAUCAUGACUGGAGGUUUUGCAACAGUCGCCGGUACUGUAUUCGCAGCAUACGUUGGAAUGGGCAUCGACCCCACCGCGCUGCUGACUGCUUCUCUCAUGUCCGCGCCCGCAUCAUUGGCGAUAUCCAAGAUAGUAUAUCCAGAGGUUGAACGGGCGGUAACAACUGGCAAGGUGGUAGUUCAGGGUGGAAAGCGUGCCACCAAUUUUGUGGAAGCGAUUAGUAUGGGAGCGUCCGAUUCCUUACCCUUGAUGGCAAAUAUUGCCGCCAUGCUGAUUGCUUUUAUUUCCCUCCUCGCAGCUGCCAAUGGGCUGCUCAGCUAUAUUGGUGGAUGUGUAGAUUAUCCGGAACUUUCGUUCCAAAUAAUUAGCGGAUAUGUUUUCUAUCCGUUUGCCAUAUUAAUGGGCGUUGCACCAGAAGAUGCCCAAACAGUGGGUGCACUAUUAGGGGAAAAAACGUUCACCAACGAGUUCGUUGCAUACGCUACAUUAGGAGAGCUAAUUAAGAACAGGGAAGCGGGCCUCGAGCCAAGUAUAUCCGAACGUAGUGAAUUGAUUGCUACGUAUGCUCUUUGUGGAUUUGCAAAUGUUGGUUCUAUGGGUAUCAUGUUAGGUGGUCUUACACCGUUAGCCCCCCAUCGUUCUACGGAUUUUGCUAAGGUGGUUCCUUGGGCACUCGUAUCCGGCACAAUAGCAUGCUUCACCACAGCGUGUGUGGCCGGCUUCUUGAUUUCUGAUUAA